UUGCCCAUUCCGCACACCACAAAUAACUAAAUAAGCCCAAAAGUCGAAAAGUCCGCGCACCAGACAGCUGAUGAAACAUUUUAUAGGAGGAAAUAUAAACGAAGGGUAAAAUCAACCACUUUCAGUAUACGUAUACAGGUAAACCAAUUUGAUGCUUGGCGCAGCAUUUAGAUGUGGUGGCACUUAUUUGCAGCGUGACCUGUCCAAGUUCAAUUAUCCAACAGCCUUAUCCACCUGCCGUCAAAUUAUCGCAACACAGCAGCAAUUACUAGUACCUACGCGGUUUUAUAACAAAUCAGUUGUACAUUUAUUAAACAACAAAGUAGUUGCACACUGUUCCAACGCCAAAUUAAAUCAACGCAAAAUGCCAGCAGAACAGAAGCCGCAAAUCGUUUUUGUAUUGGGUGGUCCCGGUGCUGGUAAAGGAACGCAAUGCUCCAAAAUUGUAGAGCGUUACCAAUUUGUACAUCUCUCUGCGGGCGAUUUAUUACGGGAGGAACGUGCUCGUCAGGGUUCUGAAUAUGGUACGCUAAUUGAAGACUACAUACGCAAUGGUAAAAUUGUACCCGUUGAAGUGACAUGCUCACUGCUCGAGAAAGCGAUGCAGAACUCUGGCCAACAAAAAUUCCUUAUUGAUGGUUUUCCACGUAAUCAAGAUAAUCUGGAUGGUUGGACACGACAGAUGGGCGAUAAAGUAGAUUUUCAAUUUGUCUUAUUCUUCGAUUGUGGUGAAGAUAAGUGCGUGGAACGUUGCUUGUCGCGAGGUCAAAGUGGUUCUGGUCGCAGUGAUGAUAACUUGGAGAGCUUAAAGAAGCGCAUACAAACGUACAACAAUGAUUCAUUGCCAAUUAUCAAACAUUUCGAACAAUUAGGAAAAGUGAAAAAAAUCGAUGCUAGUCCAAUAGCUAAUGAAGUAUUUAAGCAAGUUGAAGAAGUAUUUGCAGCUGCUGGUUUCAAGUAAAGCUACUUGUAGUAAUUUAAUGAACUACGCUACCUGGCGUUAUAAUAUGGCGGUAUAAUGAUGCGAAAAUCGUUUCAAAAGAUCAUUAACUUAUUUUAAAAUGGAUAUUAGAAAAUAAAAUACUUAAUUAUACAAACACUACAUACAUGUGUGUACUAGGUAUAUACGAUAUGAAAGUUUUACGAAUGCUAGCAAAAUGUUAUAAAAAAGUAUUUAACACAAAACAGAGUUAAGUGUGUGGCUACAAUAUUAACUUUCUGUGUAUUUGUUGACCAUGUUUAAAUUUAAUAUAUUUAAUAUAUAUAUUCAUUCAUUGGUGGUUCACCCAUGAUGUCAGUACACUGAGGUCAGUUUGAGGGCAAUUUUAAAAUGAAAUGUAUGAAAUUUGGCUUAAGACACGCAAAUAAAUUUCAUGAAAAGUAAA